AGGCGCACUGCAGAACCUGCGCAGACGCGGCUCCAGCGCAGAACAGAGCGCACUCGGAUUAUUAUCGCAGACUCCAACAACUUUGUAAAACUUUCUCAAAGAUGAAAAGGAACCAUGAUUUUAGCUGCUCUUCGGACAGCGAACUGGAUGAGGCCAUUGAGGUGGAGAAGGAGAGCGCAGACGAGAAUGGGAAUCUGAGUUCUCCUCUCGGCUCGUUGUCCCCGACCACGACCACUCAGGUGCAGGCGAGGAAGAGACGGCGAGGAAUUAUUGAGAAACGACGUCGUGACAGAAUAAACAACAGUUUGAGCGAGUUGCGCAGACUCGUCCCCAGCGCCUUUGAAAAACAGGGCUCGGCCAAACUGGAGAAGGCAGAGAUUUUGCAGAUGACUGUGGACCAUCUGAAGAUGCUUCAUGCAGCUGGAGGCAAAGGUUACUUUGAUGCUCAUGCCCUGGCAAUGGACUACCGCGGUCUAGGUUUCCGUGAGUGCCUGGCAGAGACGGCCCGUUACCUCAGCAUCAUCGAGGGCUUGGACAGCACCGACCCUCUGCGGAUCCGUCUGGUCUCACACCUCAAUAACUACGCCAGUCAGAGAGAGGCCCACUCCGGCCUCAGCCACCUAGCUUGGGGCUCUGCUUUUGGCUCACCUCCUGCGGCCCACCUCACCCACAGUCUGCACCUUCUCCAGCACCAGCCCACAUUGACAGCUCCUACUACCCCUCUGGCACCCACAAGCACAGCAUCCUCCACCAGCACACCCUCUCCUUCUACAGACAGUCACCUCCCGGGCCGGCGUAGCGGCAGUGUGACCCCACACACAGAACAAGCGCCUCUUCGUGUGCCCCCCACAACUGCUGCCCCCACAGCAGUCCUGCACCCGGCCCUUGUCCCAACUACAGGCUCCAAACUGUCUCCUCCUCUGAUCUCGUCUCUUUCGGCUUUCCCGUUCCCUUUCAGUGCGUUCCCUCUCAUUUCACCCACUACAGCCACAAGUAUCAGCAGCCCAGCGCCUGCGUCCAGCGUUGGGAAACCCUAUAGACCGUGGGGAAUGGAGAUAGGAGCAUUCUGACUGAAGCCUUUAUAGACUGUUAGAGACUUUCAUGGACAGUUUUGGAUUUUGAGAAAUAUUUUUCUAACUCGAGGUCCAGAGGAACACCCUGUAGCCAUAGAAUAUGUAUUUUGUAUUGGGUAAAGAGGCACACUCAGUUAAAAGCAACAGGAACUAUUCUUUGUUCUGAUUGAUUAAUUGUGUUAACGCCCACCUGCUGAUGAUAUCCAAUCAGAGAUGGCUUUUCCAGAUGGUCAAGCAGUGGCCUGUCAAGUUCCUGGGUAAAAUGUCCCCCCCACCACCCCACCCCCGUGCCCCGAA